AUGACGCUUCUCGAAGUACUGGAGUUAACUACUAGCCCGCCCAGUUCUCACUCACGAGGCUGGCCCACCAAGCACACACACCUAAACAUCACAGAUAUGCCAAUUCGGAACAAGCAAAUUUGGUGGGCAAUACCGAUAAUAGCCUCGCCCUCCAUCGCAGCAACGACAGCAAACGCAGCUUUUACCGACAUCGUCGAAUGGGAGGUUGCUCCCGGCGGAGAGCCCACUCCUCAGGCCCAGCCGCAACCGCAGUCCACGUUUCGAGGGCCUCACCUCACGGGCAGUCGUGCCAAGCAGGCAACAGCAAUUUUCGACUUCCGGGGUGCCACCGACGGACGACGACGACAAUGGAUACAACUCUCUGAAUCUCCCGAACCGACAUGA